GUAAUAAAGAAAUGGCAUCAACUGAAAUUCAUGAUAUAGAUAUAUCAGAUGUAGUGGAAGAUGAAAGUGAACAAACCUCUAAUCUAACAGGAGCAGUAAUACAAGGUUUAAUAAAAGAAUUAUCUAUGCCAAGUGAGCCGAUUGAUGAUAACAAUAGAGAAAAUAAGAGCAAAGAAUCAAACCAAAAACUUUACUCCAGUUAUACUAUAAUGCAAACCACAGAAAACAUAGUCAAAAAAAUUAAAAGUGAUAAGAGUAGGUUCAAUGAUCAACAAGCUAGAGGGUUAUUAUAUAGUAAAAUUGCAACCAAUCUUCUAGGUUUCACAAGAGAAAGUUUGCGUAAAAAACCAGCAAAGACAAGAAAUAUCUAUAAGUUGUUUGGAGAAAGUUAUGACCCUUAUACCAAAACAAUAGUUAAGGGGAUAGAGAUUGAAAAAAUCGAGUGA